AUGCGCAUCGACAACAAACGGAGGCAAGAAUCGUCAUCCAACAUCAUCAACCUCAUCAACCUCAUCGUCAGCCUCACCAUCGAUCUCAGCAUCGCCGGAUCCUCAAACGCCCCAAUCCUCUUGCCGUUAUCGAGUCAUUUUAUGCACAAUACCCCGGUGCCGCACAAUAAGCUAGUCAUCUACCAAGACCACCCACCCCACGAUUGCGGAACCUCGUUCACGAACCCAGUAUCCACCCCGUCUGGUCACCAACCUGCGCGCCGCCGUCUUUUCAGAGAUCCGGCAGCACUGACGCCCGCAAGACCGGAGCUCGUCCUUGCUUCUCUAUACGUCGCCGGAUUCUCGCCGCUGCUCGCCUCUUCAUUCAUCUCCCGUCAUUCCUGGCCACUUGGAUUUCCCCGGCGUCACGCACGACCGCAAUUUCAGCCCGUCUCCAGACUAGCUUUUAUUCUCUCACUCGUCAUUGGUGCACUGCCGCCAAAUACUGCGCCAGCUGCCUCGCCAUCUGCUGCCAGCUCUCCAACCCUCCAACCCUCCAACCCUACAACUUUCUUGGCCCUUUCCCCGCCCGCAGCCCGCAGCCGCUAG